GCGCCAGGCGCGCAUGCGACUUUCCCCGUUAGGCAGCCUGGAGUGGCGCCGCACCGCACUACGCCAGGGGAUCCGAGGAAACCCCACUCCUGCAGGCCGGCGCGAGCGCGCUCCACGGCCGCAGAGGAAAGCCGGGGUGCCCCGAGGCCCCCUUCCCAACGCAGGCCCGGAGGCGGGGCCUAGCGGAGGGUGCGGUCGCCCGCCGCGGCUUGGGCGGCUCGCGGCUCCUCGGGAUGCAGCGCUCCCAACCCGCGGGAGCCGCCGGCUUGAGUGGCGCCUCUGUCCCUGGGAGAGCAAAAAGCUUGGCCUACGCCAAGUUAGACGUCUCCUGCCCAGCGCUCGGUUUCCGCUCUUGAAGGGGCGUGGGCUGCCUGGGACUCGGUUUCCCGGCUCUUAGGGACUCGCUAGGCUGGCGGCUCCUCGGAGAUGGGCCUGGACGACCCAAGUGACCUCGGCUGUGGCCCGGGAAGCAAAAGGUCGGGAUGUUUGCUCCUUUAUGAGAGGGCAGGGACACUGCAAAAGCUGAGCACGGAACUAGGAAUGAGCCAGGACCCUAGUUUACACUGAUUUCUUAGGCACUGCACCCGAAUUACUGGGAAAGAGCUCUAAUUCAUAGCAAUUUCUUUUAAAAAUCAACUCAGACAGCAAACAGAAGGCAAUAAAUGAACCUAUACUCUUUAGCUCCAAAAAUCCUCUCUCCAAGGUAAUGUCUAUCUCAAUAAGAAUUAUUUCUUGGUGUAUAUUCAGAAAAAAAAAAAAAACUUAAAAACUAGGGAAAUUAGCUGCGUUCUCCCCAGCAAAGAGAACUGGCUAUUCCUGGCUACGUAGCCAGAGCACUGUCAGGAGAACUUUUCCUUGGUGGAUUCUUUGUUCGUUUCGCCAUCGAAAGGCUGUAAAUGCACACAAUUCCUGCUGUCCGAAUUCAUCUGCUGCUCGGGUUUACCACCUUCGAACUUACCCAUUCUCCACUCAGUCCUUGUGGUCCAGGCAGGACACUGGAGGAAACCUUGCGUUCUCUGGCUCAGACUGGCAAUUACUGCUAAGACGACUGGUUUCCAAUGAAUUUGAUUCUGAAAAAAAUAAAAUCUUUUCUUGUGUGAUUAAUGAAAGAGCAGGCACCAUGAAGGGAAAAGCCAGAAAACAGAUUGGUGAUGAACCCUAGAUACAUGAACGCUGAAAUCGAUGUGGACUAGAUUCCUUUGGAAAUUUCAGUUAAUCAAUAAAUUCCUGAAUGUGUUUGCUUUAUUGCUUAAAA